GAGAACAAAUUGAUGGGAAAAAAAAAAAGAAAGGUUAGGAGAGAGAAAAGAGGAAAACAAGGGAAGAAGAAGGGAAAAAGGGGGAACGACCCAUAGCACAACACCAGACAUGUGGGUACCCACCAUCAUCACUAUCUCCACCCAAACCCACACCAUACCAAUAUACCAUACAACAUCACACCAUUCUCUCUCCUCUCUUCCCUACUUCUAUAAUCUGUAGUUGUAUUUCCUCAUUUUUACCUACCCUUUUUUCUCUCCUUGUUCAAUUCUUCCAUUAUCACAUCCAAACUAACAAACAAAACAAAACAAAACCAAAAAAGAAAACUCUUGUUUUUCUAUGGAAGCUGUAAUGGGGGGUGGCACUGUUUCAAGUGAUGGUGGUUCAUCAGAAUCAACAGUUAUUUCAAAGGAAGAAGUGGUGGUUGAACAAAAAAACCACCACCAUAUUCACCAUCAUCAUCAUGAUCAUGAUCACCAUGAUCAUCAUCAUGAGAAUCAUAACAAUGUUUAUGAGGUAUCUGAUGAGUCAGAGUUAGAAUUAGGACUUGGGUUAAGUCUUGGUAAUGGUGUUUCUUCAUGUAAGAAUCAUAAUAAGCAAAAUUUAAGGUGUUGUCUUAAAAAUGGAGGUGUUGUUAUUCCACCUUCACCUUCUUCUGCUUCUUCUUGCUCUUCUUUGGGUUUAAGAACUCCUAAUAAUGCUGCUAAUCACACUCUUUCUGCUGGUACCAAACGUGCUGCGUCUCCUACUGCUGUUAGUCAAGUUGUGGGAUGGCCGCCUAUAAGAGCAUACAGGAUGAACAGCAUGGCAAACCAAACAAAAUCGGUUCCGAGCGGAGAAGAAAACAACUCAGAGUUUGAUGGAAUCAAAGGGAAAGAUAUGAUCUAUGGUGGUGAUGAAACGGGCAAGGCAAACUGUAAGGAGAGAGUUGCUCCUAAAAGCUGCUUGUUUGUAAAAGUGAAUAUGGAUGGAGUUGCCAUUGGAAGGAAGGUUGAUCUUAAUGCACACCCGAGCUACGAGUCCCUGGCACGAAUGUUGGAGGAAAUGUUCACCAAUAGAGCUGUUGAAAAAUCAAGCGGAGAGGAACUCAUUUUGAUGCCAAAAGUGACAAGACCCUCUAAAUUAUUGGAUGGAUCAUCCGAUUUUGUGCUUACUUAUGAAGACAAAGAUGGAGACUGGAUGCUGGUUGGAGAUGUUCCUUGGAGUAUGUUCUUAAGCUCAGUGAAGCGGCUUAGAAUCAUGAGAACUUCUGAGGCUAAUGGACUCUCUCCAAGAUCAGAAGAGAGGAGUGCAAAGCAAAGAAGUCGGCCUAUAUAAAGUCUAUUUCCUCAUCAUGUAUUAUCUCACGGAAAACAAAAAAAAGAACACAAGGCUGAAGCUAUAUACUGGAAAGAGAGUACUAUGACGCUGAAUACUCUAAACAAUGCAGAUUUUGCCAAGUAACAAUGAUCCUCAGCCUCUGAUAUAAGUAUUUGUUUCUCAUCGAAAUCUCGGUUUGGUUUUCCCGUGUUUUGUACCUCAAGGUUUUGGUUUUUUAUUUUUUCUGUCUUAGAUAUUUGAGUACACAUGCUUGCAUACCUUGUCAAGAGCUUUUACUUAGUGUAAAUAUACAUAUAUGGGUGUUAGGUUGUAAGGCUUCUUUGGGUUUUUGAAAUACUGAAUGAACUUUGAUUUUGCCUGCUGUAAUGGAAAAAGAGUUUAUAUGGUUUCUACUCUAAGAGACCUUGUUUCCACCUUUA